AAGGGGUUCCCCGUUAUUAUCCACCUUUCCUCCUGUCUGCCUUUUUCCGCUCCCCUCCCUAGUUCAGCUCAGCUCAGAUCAGUUCAGUCAGUACUGUACUCUCCAGUCAUCCAGCAGUGGCAGCAAGCAACACACAAGUGCUCACACACUCUCCUCGCAGCGCAGCUUCAUUUUCGCCUUCGUAGAAACCAGCACGCUUGCCAUCAAUCAUGGCCGCCGGAGUUCAAAUCUAACUCCCCGUCUUUCCUCCCUGUCGCGUGGACGGGAGGAUUACUGUCAUUUUUUAUGCUCGUUUGGGGAAGAAAUAUUUUCCGAUUUCUUUUUUUGGAUACUAUACAUUUCACAGGGGAAAUACCAUUCAUGUCAAUACUCCAAAAUGCAGCCCCCGCCGAGGAAGGUUAAAGUAACACAGGAGCUGAAGAACACGCACACAGACCAGUUGACGAGACUGCACUUUAAAAAUCAGACUGAAUGCGACCUGCUUGAAGACAUGAGGGGCUACAGUCUGAAGAAGGGACAGCUUGAGAGGGACUAUGCACUGGCUCUGCAGAAGUUAGCAAGCCAAUACCUCAAGAGAGACUGGCCUGGAAUCAAUCCUGAUGAGCAGAGAACAGACUUCAGGAAUGUGUAUGCCGUGUGGCGGUCCUACUUAGAGGGCACGAUGCAGGUGAGCCAGUCCAGACUCAAUGUGUGUGAUGACUACAAGAGUCAAGUUUCAGAUCCUGCAAAGACUGUCAGACUAUACAAGGAGCAGCAACUAAAAAAGAUCAUCGAUCAGUUAAGUGGCAUUCAGGCAGAGCUGCAGGAGUCUGUAAAGGAACUGGCAAAAGCCAAGAAAAAAUACUACGAUUGUGAGCAGGUCGCCCACGCAGUAAGAGAAAAGGCGGAUAUCGAAGCCAAGUCUAAACUGGCUCUUUUUCAGUCAAGAAUUAGCUUGCAAAAAGCAAGUGUAAAGUUGAAAGCAAAGAGAAGUGACUGCAACUCGAAGGCAACACAGGCCAGAAAUGACUAUUUGUUAACAUUAGCUGCUGCCAACGCUCACCAUGACCGCUACUACCACACAGACCUGCUCCACUGCAUACAGGCCUUGGAUGGCAGGAUCUACGAGCAUGUGAAAGACUACCUGAUAGCAUUGUGUCGCACGGAGCUUGAAGCCUCAGAAGCGACACACAACACCUUCCAGUUCCUGUUGGACAAAUCGACCAGGAUAAUACAAGAGUUCAACCAGCAGUUGUUCAUGCAAGAGAACCCAGUGUUCCACAAAGCACACGACUUCCAGUUCCAGCCCAGUGAGUGUGACAAGACUCUGAGCUCGGUGCAGCAGUUGGUGGACAUUGAGCCUUCACCCGUCAGUGCCAUGAGAAUGACCCUGGCACAGAGUCGUCAGCUGGAAUCAGAAAUGGGGACCACAGAGGAGCACAGUCUGAACAAAGAGGCCAGGAAAUGGGCGACACGAGUAGCCAGGGAACACAAGAAUAUCAUCCAUUACAAGAGAUCACUGGAGGAGUGUGAGAGUCAUGGAAUGCCCCCCACCGAACAGGGCAGAUCGGAUCUUGAGAUGAAGAUCGAAGAAUCCAAAGAAAACAUACGCAAAGCUGAGACAAUAAAGUUAAAAGCAGAAGCUCGCUUGGACCUGCUGCGGCAAGUGGGCGUUGCUGUGGACACCUGGCUGAAGAGUGCCAUGAACCAGGUGAUGGAGGAGCUCGAGAAUGAGCGCUGGGCCAACUGCACUUCCCACGAUCCCUCACUGUCGGGUACAGUUGACUUGGAGCGUGAGGACGGCGACGAGUGUGAAGAGAAUAUGGAGGUUUUUGACGACAGCAGCUCCAGCCCUUCAGGAACCCUUCGCAAUUACCCACUGACCUGCAAAGUCCUCUUCUCAUACAAGGCUUCUCAGCCAGAUGAGUUAACCAUCGAUGAACAGGAGAUGUUGGAGGUUAUUGAGGAUGGCGACAUGGAGGACUGGGUCAAGGCUCGCAAUAAGACAGGCCAAGUAGGUUAUGUUCCUGAGAAAUACCUCCAGUUCCCCGCGUCCAACAGCCUGCUGAGCAUGCUUCAGUCACUGGCAACUCUGGACGCUCGGUCACACACCUCUUCCAACUCAACCGAACCAGAGUUGCUCUCCGGCUGUGUCAACGGUGAUGCUAACAUGGUGUAUGUACGAGCACUUUACGAUUACGAAGGCCAGGCGGAGGAGGAACUCUCCUUCUCGGAGGGAGCGGUCAUUCGCCUUUUAAGCCGUGACACUCAGACCGAUGAUGGUUUCUGGGAGGGGGAGCUUAACGGAAAGGUGGGCGUCUUCCCCUCUGUUUUGGUGGAGGACUUGACAGAGAAUGGAGAGACUGGAUUGGGAGGGACCACUGACAUACAGAUUUCUCCCACUGCAAAGCUGCCGUCAUCUCUUCCACCUCUUCCGCUGUAUGAUCAACCUCCCAUAAGCCCUUUCACCAGCCCGGAGAGCUCGACCCCACCGUCUCUCCCACGCUCACCCUCUGCUGCACUCAACGGGGAUCAUAAGCUUCCCCUGCCCGCCUCAUCACACAAGUCAUCGUUAACCACCACCAAUCAAAAUUCUGGGAGGAGUCCCGUGUCACCCGGGUUUCAAACACAGCCGCCUCGAUUUCCCCCUGAAGGUGGUCCAGGCAAACUACGACCUGUUAGUAUGCACAGUAGGAAAAAACAACAGUGGAACGUACGUGCCGCUCCUCCACCACCCAAGCAGCAGUCUCGCCGGCAACACGGGAAGAGUGACAAGACGGAGGAAGUGGAGAUCACGCUGGUGUAACUAAGACGCAAGAUGGCACGCGGUUAGACGCACACUCCCCUAACAUGAUUAACCGAUGGCAGCCUAGAUGCCAGUGGCACCGCUCUUAGCUGAAAUAACCUGAUGAAAACGGAGCUGAACCACAUCAAGUGAGCCCGUCCCCAACUCGAGCUACCCCUCAUUCUCUUUUAUUCUCAACUUGUGGAAGAAGGAAGAGAGGAGUGCGGGGGAGGCACGCUUUCCAGUUACAUUUCCUCUGUAUUUGCUUCCUAAUGAAGUGCAGCAGUAGCCUCCCCGACGGUCCCUCUGCGCCCUCCCACCUCUUUCCAUUCUUGCCUUAAAAAAAACCCUCACCUCAUUGGGCGGAGCCCCAAUGCACACUGACGAGGAGAAAGGGGAGGAUGAGGAAGAAUGUUUGCAGAGGGAUGGAAGGAGAGUGUUGGACAAGUGUUUCUGGCCUUUGUAAAGCUUACUUCCAUUUUCUUUGAAGCUGCAAAACCGCUGUUUGACUGUGACACAUAAACGAUUGCGUGUGGAGACUGGAGCAAAUGAUUUGUACGUUACCACCAAUCUGUAAAUGGAAUACGGAUGACCUCCAUCACUUAAUGAACGUGAUCAGAUCUGUUUGAGUUCUUGCAAACCUGACUAGGAUUCAUUAGUACUUUGCAUCUGACAUUUGUAGCCAUUGGCCACUUUCAAACUGACCACCAAAGCGGGCUUUUUCCUGGCUCGCUGUCAAUAUGCAUGUCACCAGUGUCGGGUGGGGUGCUUGAUGUCGAGUCAGGAAUUAGCUCGCUUCUGAAGUGGAAACUGGAGGCCUGGCAGAGUUGGAAUGCUGCGAACGAGUUAAGUCGAACGCCUUGUUUUGAGGUUACUAACGCUGACAUGACCACACAUCUGAUUAUGUUCAUGAAGAUUCCAAAUACAGUGAAAACAUUUUAGAAACGUUUUAGUCUUCUUAAAAGUUCUUGAUUGACUCAUACAUGACAGAAGGCAUCCGAUAUACGGGAUGUUAGUGGAGAGGAAGGCUUGCGGAAGGCAGUCAUACGCGUAUCAUGAGCACAUAAGAAGAAGUGAAUCACUGCAUGUAAAAAAAAAAAAAUAGUUUUACAUGAGUCUCUUCACACUAUUCACAUACACGGCGCGUAUUUCAUACUUUGAUUUUUGACAUGUGGCUUUGCUAAUCUUAAGCAACAAGAACAGAACACUGUUGUGUGCUGUGUAUAACAAAAAAUGGAUGUGUGCGACUUUUUUUCAUAAAAAUUUGACAACCCUCAAGAUGAUCAAAUGCUAACGUUCCAAUGUUUAAAAAAAACACCUGCGCGUGGAAUUCUUAGCCCAUGACAAUGUCAAAUUUCCUUUCAUCAGCUGAUUGGUGGUAAAUGCAAAGUAUUUCCCCCAAGUCGUGAGUGAAUUUACAGAGGCUUCAUAAAAAGUAAACUUCGGGAGAAUAAGCAAGGAUAUGCCAGCGCUUAUAGUUCUCGUCGUCCUCCAGUACGUAUUUCAUGUGUAUUAGUACAGUACAUUACUGUUGUCGUAGGAAUGUUUCAUAUAACAGUACUCGGCUAAAGGAACGUCAUAUUUUAUUCCUAAAGGGCAUUGUAAAUAUAGUCGGAAGGAGGGCCCGCAAAGACAACUGGAAGGAGAUGAGAAAUGGAAAGAGAGAAAGGAGAGGCUGGAUCCUGCCUUCUGCUCUUCCCUCCAACUCUUUCCCCGUCCUUUGUUUCUUCCCCCCUCUUAACUUUUAUCUCACGUCCGUACUGUUCAUCGGCAGUGAGUGCAACCCGGUGGUCGUCACUGUAUUCACAUGAGCGUGCUGUAUGCAGUGAUGUCAUGUUACACACCCGUUAUGUAUCUUCCUUGGCGUCGCCAAUUGGUUGAACGCCGAUUGACGUUAAAAGCACCGAAAGACUGAUUUGAUAUUGAAUUUGUUGUCAUUGUAAUUAUACAGGGUGACGGGAGUGACGGUAUUUCCCGCAUAGAGGUCAACUGCGUUGUUGCUUUUUCUGGACUGCUUGAUUAUGGAGCGACAGAUUCAUCGGCAUGAAUCGUUUUCUCACAUCUGCCCAUCCCCACACCCCUUGUGUUUUUUGCCUCUAGCGGCACAAAUCAUCAUUCUUCAUCAAUUUCUUCCUGCGCACGACGAGUGCUGGCUAAAAUAGAACAGAAGCGCCCAAUGGACAGAUGAUAUUUCAAAAGGGCGCUAAGUUUGACUCUCUUGUGUAUCUCACUCCAAGCCCCUUAAUUAAAUACCCUUCAAGCCUUUAAAGUCCUUGCCGAAUGGCAGCGUAGCACUUUUAUUUAUUUCUACACCCCCUGCAAAGUAGUAAGUAGCGCCUCCACUUCAGAGCUGACACUGGAGUCAGAUACUCUGUUCAUUGGGAGUCUGUGGGGACUCCUUGGUUUCAUUGCGAUUGAUGUUUUCGUUUAAAUUUCUUGCAAACGGCACUGAGGAAGACGCAGCGGCAGCCCGAUGUCUCACCGCUUCUGUGCACACCAAAAAUGAAAUAUUGAUUUCACUUGACAUUUUCUUGUCUCACAGUGUCGCUUCAAUAUUUGAGUGUAGAAACUAACCAUGACAAUGUUUUGUUGUGUUCGAAUGAGAGAUGGGGAGAACGAUCAUUUGAGCAAUAUAAUUGGGUGGGAUUGAUUGGUGAUUAAUCUUGAAGCCUUAUUGCGGUUGUGUUGUCUUUUUUUAAAGAUAAGUUUUAGAUUUCUUGUGUUCAAAAAGCACCUUUUAUCCCAUCAUUAUAACCCAAACUAGUUCUGUCAAAUGCCUCUCCAUAGCCCAACCAACAAAAUGUGGAACCGGUUUCCAUAAGAACAUAUUAAUUCAUUUUUAAUUUUUGGCAUUUAAGUAGGUUUUUUUUUUUUUGUUGGUUUUUUUUUUCCCGCAUUCCGAGUGCAAACGCAAACACUGACAUUUACAAAGACCACGGAAUGGUGAUUAUCUGAAAAUGCUAGCCAGGAAAAAAAAAAAAUCUGUGCUGAGACGGCAUCAGAAUUUGAGAAAUGAUGAGUAUUUAAUUGAUUUGUUGUGUUUUUACGUUGGACAGACAAACGGAUAGUAUAGAUGCAGUUAAGACCUGGGAUGGGACUAACAUUGAUCAAAAUGUGUUACUGCCGGAAAUAGAUUCCCGUAAUUCCUUUUUUUCAUCAUGAACAUGUUGAGUUGCAACCAUUGUGGUUGUCAAUGUCUUCACAUAUGUUGGAGUCUUCGAUCCAAAACUUGUGUCGCCCUGCUGUUAGAAGUAAUCCCGAUCGCAAUCUUAAGCGGUGUGCGGUCAAGGCAACGAGCAUGGCAGCCUCCUCCUUGAUUUCUCUGAGAUCUUAAUUUAUUAUAUGGUUUUAAAACUUGUUUUGAAGUUUAUCGUUUACAUCGGCGUCCCUCAGCAGCUUCUUUUUUCAAGACUCAAUCGGUCCUGUUGUGAAAUGUUUUGUUUGCGGUUUCCAUUAUACAAAGACUAGUUUUUUUUUUUUUUGUUUUAACUUUAUUUGACCGGUCCUUUUUGUUUUGCCAUAGUGCAUAAUUUUUUUUAUGUUGCUUCCACCAGUUUGGAUCAGCAGCACACUUUCUUUUAAUUACUGAUAAAGUGGUCAAAACCACUGGCCUUCUCUCCGGUCGAUUGUUGCCAUGGUGACAAAUAACGAGAACGGGUGCAGAUGUCUUUCUGCAUAGUAUUAUUGGCUGUACAAAAAGCUAAGUUUGUAUUUAUUGUGUACAAAUGUUAAUUAAUAAAAUAAUAUUGGAAAAACA